GGCUGGAGGAAGAUGGCGGCGGCUGGCGGCGGCUGUAGCACCUCGGAGAGACUCCCUCCGCCCUUCCCCGGCGUGGACCCCGAGUCCGAAGGGGCAGCCGAGGAGUCGGAGCCCGAGGCCGGGGACAGUGACACCGAGGGGGAGGAUAUUUUCACCGGCGCCGGGGCGGCCAAUAAGCCCCAAUCUCCAAAGAGAAUUGUUUCUCCUCUGCCUUUCACCCAUGGCUCUAAAGAAAAUGGGAUCCAUGAAGAACAGGAUAAAGAGCCUCAGGAUCUCUUUGCAGAUGCUACUGUGGAACUCUCCCUGGAUAGCACACAGAAUAAUCAGAAAAAGGGCCCAGCCAAAGCACUUAUUUCUCCUUCACAAGAAGCCACAAGUUCUUCUAAGCCCAAUUUAUCCAGCUACGAAGAGCUAGAAGAAGAAGAACAGGAAGAUGACUUUGAUUUGACAGUUGGUAUUACUGAUCCUGAGAAGAUAGGUGAUGGCAUGAAUGCCUAUGUAGCCUACAAAGUUACAACACAGACAAGCUUACCAAUGUUCAGAAGUAAACAGUUUGCAGUGAAGAGGAGAUUUAGUGACUUUCUGGGUCUCUAUGAGAAGCUUUCAGAAAAACACUCUCAGAACGGCUUCAUUGUUCCUCCUCCACCUGAGAAGAGCCUGAUAGGAAUGACAAAAGUAAAAGUUGGGAAAGAAGAUUCUUCUUCUGCAGAAUUUCUUGAGAAACGGAGGGCUGCUCUAGAAAGGUACCUUCAGAGGAUUGUGAAUCACCCUACCAUGUUACAGGAUCCUGAUGUCCGGGAGUUCUUAGAGAAAGAAGAGCUGCCACGUGCUGUGGGUACCCAGACGUUGAGUGGUGCUGGCCUCCUUAAGAUGUUCAACAAAGCCACAGAUGCAGUCAGCAAAAUGACUAUCAAGAUGAAUGAAUCAGACAUUUGGUUUGAGGAGAAGCUCCAGGAGGUUGAGUGUGAGGAACAGCGCCUGCGGAAGCUGCAUGCAGUUGUAGAGACUCUAGUCACCCACAGGAAAGAGCUAGCACUGAACACAGCCCAGUUUGCAAAGAGUCUGGCUAUGUUGGGGAGCUCAGAGGACAACACAGCAUUGUCUCGGGCACUUUCCCAGCUGGCUGAAGUGGAAGAGAAAAUUGAGCAGCUCCACCAGGAACAGGCCAACAAUGACUUCUUCCUCCUGGCCGAGCUCUUGAGUGAUUACAUUCGCCUCCUGGCCAUAGUUCGUGCUGCCUUUGACCAGCGCAUGAAGAUGUGGCAGCGCUGGCAGGAUGCUCAGACCACACUGCAGAAGAAGCGGGAAGCAGAAGCCCGACUGCUAUGGGCCAACAAACCUGACAAGCUGCAGCAGGCCAAGGAUGAGAUCACAGAGUGGGAAUCUCGUGUGACUCUCUAUGAAAGGGACUUUGAAAGGAUUUCAACUGUGGUCCGGAAAGAAGUGAUACGUUUUGAGAAAGAGAAAUCCAAGGACUUCAAAAAUCACGUGAUCAAGUACCUUGAGACCCUCCUGUACUCACAGCAGCAGCUGGCCAAGUACUGGGAAGCCUUCCUUCCAGAGGCAAAGGCCAUCUCCUAACGGACCAAGAACACCAGAGCCACCGCCUGACGCUGCCUUUUUAUACACUCUGUCUUCCUUCACUUCCACCUCCACUGUAGCCCAGCCUUACAUCCUUUCUGACCUCCCUUCCACCCACCCAUGACCUUACCAUCCCCAGCCACUCUAACUGUUCUGUAGCUUCCAUAUAUAUUUUCUUACCUGAGAGAAUAGUUUCUUGCUUUAAGCAAAAGACCUCCAGUAGGUGGUGGAAUUAUGGGAUGGGUGGAGUAUUGAUAUAAAUAUAUAAAUACAAAUAUAUAUUUUUCAGGAUGUGGUUAAGAACUGGGAAUAACAUUUUCUGUUACUCCUGAUGGUGCCAUGAAAAGAUUAUGUAAUAAAAUCUUUUAAAAUCA